GGUUUGGUUUGAGGAUUCCAACAGAGAUAUCCCAGUUGAUGAGGACCAGAGGAACACCAGCAUAAGCCCAUAUUCAGGAGCAGAGUACAGAACAUCGUCUCUCCAGAAAGAGCUGGUUGAAGAGGUGAGUAUUUAUGACGUCCUGUGGGAGACUGGUAAGAGAGUAGCAGAUGAGACCCUCUACUCAGCCUUCCUCAGAGGGAUGUAUUCUAGACGUCUGCCUGCCCACUGCUACGCUGACUUCUGCCACCAGGAGGUGCUAUACCUGGACAGAGUCAUCACCAUGCUGCAGGUGCUGAUCAGAACAGUCCAGGGUCCUCCAGACAUCAUGCUGUUUCUCCAGAGAACACAUCAACGCUACCGGGAGUCUCUGAAGGAGGCCCAGAACCAAACUCCACCACAUCUGAACCGGUCCUCCAUCCAGCCCUCGGCAGCCGUGCGUCAGUACCUCCAGAGCUUCCAUGACAUUGUGAAUGAGGAGCCAAUCUACUGGUUGGUGUCUCUGCUGCCCAGAGCCCUGCUCAGACCUUACCUGGCAAAGAACCUGCCCCUGGUUGAGAGGACCAGACCAGGCCCCAGCCCCUGCCUCUACCCCUGGCUAAGCCUCUUCCCCUGCCCCUGCUACCAGUGGGGGGGAGAGGACAUGCAUUCAGACCAGAGGAACCAGAAGGAUGAGUCAGGGACAUCUUACAGGCAUCUACUGGAGAAGUACCAGGAUGUGAUAGACGUCUAUAAGGCUGUCAACAUCUUCAGAGUCCAGAUGAUCAAUGAGAAGGCUCUCUUCACCUCCAGUUGGUUUCCCACUGGUGACGAGGAGGAAGUGGAGUAUCAACUCAGCCUGUGGUCUGAGGAGUCUUGACCUGACGUUAGGGUGA